AUUAAUUCAAACGAAAAUAAAUUUCUUUUAGAACAAUUUUUCAUUAGAAAGAAAGUUUUUCAUUAUUUUAUUCUAUUUUAAUUCAAUGACACAAUGGGUUAUUCUUAUUAUCUGAAGAGCAAUUUUUAUUAAAUUUAUAAUUCAAGCAAAUUAUCACAAUCAAGUGGUUUUUGAUUUUAUUUUCUAAACAAACAUACAAUUUUUCAGUAUUACUAGAUUUAUUCUGUCUCUAAGACUUGAUGGGAUGAUACAAUGUAUAUACAGCCAAUGCUGUAUAAUUAGUACCCAGAUAUAUACGUAUGUAUAUAUCUGUAUAUAAUGUUUAGUUGGAUACUUUAAAAAUCGAUAUUAUAGUGUUAACUCAUAUUAAACUAAACUACUUAUAUUACAUUUGAAAAAUCUGUAAUUAGCUGUUAAACAUUUUUCAACCAGGAGAUUAUUUCAAAUUAUUUAAUCAAAAGAUCAAUUCCAAAAAAAAGCAACAUAAAUACAUGUAUGGAAUCAAGUAAAAAAACCGGAAAUACAUGAUACAUUGAAUCAAUGGAGUUACGAACCGAAAAAGGGAUUCCAUCAAAUGAUGCAAUAUCUUCGAGUCAAGAACCUCAGUCGUCCCCACAAAUUCCAGCAGUUGUUAAACCACGGCGUGGAUCCAUAUUUGUUUCAGCACUUGCAGCGGAACAACAUGGUGCAUCAACUUUAUCAACAGAUAAUGCAGGAUCGAUGAUUGUUAGAUUGGGUCGAUCUAGUACAGGUGGGGCAACUGUUGCAACUAGUACCAGUUCACCAAGUACAAAUGGAAUAACUGGAGUCUUACCAGAUUCAUCCGUUGAAGGUGUGAUUGUGACACCAUUCGCUCAAGUGCUUGUUAGUAUGCAACGAAUACGGAAUGCAUUUAUCAGGUUGACCGCUGCUCAAGUAUCAAAUAGAUAUAACAUCACAACCGUAUUUGAUUCGGUUCCAACUGGCAAUCUAGCACCAGAUAGUAGUGAUUAUAAAAUAAUCGCAAAUGAAACACUUGAAGAAUUGGAAUGGUGUCUCAAACAAUUGGAAAAUAUUCAGACAAAAAGGCCUGUCUCUGAUAUGGCUUUUUCAAAAUUUAAACGUCUACUCAACAAAGAGUUGAAUAGUUUUGGUGAAGCUGAUAAGUCUAGACAUCAAAUAUCUGCCUAUAUUUGUGAAACAUUUUUAGAAACUGAAAAAGACGUUGAAACCAAUGAAGAGAUUGAUUCUAUGCUGGAAAGACGACGUAGUAGUGGUCAGUCGCACAAUUCAACCAGUGGACAAGAUACGAAUACUACAAGUAAAAGACAGUCUUCAGGAACUUGUGAUCCAAAUGCUAAUGUAACCAAUACAAGGACACCGGAUACUACUUCUUCCCUUUCCUCAUCAGUUAUAAAGACAAGAUUAGGAUCAACUGGAAGUAUGUCAACUGAAUCUCGUAAAAGCGCUCAACUAAAUGAUUCUAGUGGUUUGUUAACAACAAAAUUGUCAUCCAGUUCAAAGUCAACGAGUCAAAAUGUAGACGAUGGUAAUGGGCCAUACCUACCAAUUCAUGGAGUUGAAACGCCCAAUGAUAAUGAGUUAGAGGAAAGAUUCUCGCAGUGUUUGGAUGAAUGGGGUUUAGACAUCUUUGAAAUUGAUCGACUUUCUAAUGGACAUGCCCUUACAACAGUUGCUUAUAGAAUAUUUCAGAAACGUGAUUUACUCAAAACAUUUUGUAUUGAUCCUCGUGUUUUUGUACGUUAUCUGUUAAGAGUUGAAUCAACUUACCAUGCUGAUGUUCCUUAUCAUAACUCAAUGCAUGCAGCCGAUGUUCUUCAAACAGCACAUUUUUUGUUACAAGCGGAAGCAUUAGACGAUGUUUUCAGUGACUUGGAAAUUUUAGCUGUUCUGUUUGCCGCAGCUAUACAUGACGUAGAUCAUCCUGGAGUAACUAAUCAAUUUCUAAUCAAUACUGGUCAUGAAUUGGCUUUACAAUAUAAUGAUGCAUCCGUUCUGGAAAAUCAUCAUCUUUAUAUGGCAUUUAAAAUUCUAACCGAAAAAGACUGUGAUAUAUUUGCUAAUUUAGGUGGAAAAAAACGUCAAACUUUACGUAGAAUGGUUAUAGAAUUGGUGUUAGCAACAGAUAUGUCUAAGCAUAUGAGUUUAUUAGCUGAUUUAAGAACAAUGGUUGAAACUAAAAAAGUUUCUGGAUCCGGUAUGUUGAAUUUGGAUAAUUAUGCUGAUCGUAUACAGAUAUUACAAAAUAUGAUUCAUUGUGCUGAUCUUAGUAAUCCAGCUAAACCAUUACGAUUAUAUCGUAAAUGGACUGGACGUUUAAUUGAGGAAUUUUUUAGACAGGGGGAUAAAGAAAGAAAGUUAUCAUUGGAAAUUAGCCCAAUGUGUGAUCGUGAAUCUGUAGAAGUUGAAAAAUCUCAGGUUAGUUUCAUUGAUUUUGUGUGUCACCCAUUAUGGGAAACAUGGUGUGAUCUAGUACACCCCUGUGCUCAGUUAAUUUUAGAUACAUUAGAAGAUAAUCGUGACUGGUAUGAAUGUCAUAUAAAAGAAUCCAAAAUAAAAGUUACUCAGUUAGCUCGACCAAAAUUAGCUACUGCCGCAGAAGAUGAUGAAGAAAUUUCUACAACUUCAGGAAAUACAUAAGUUUUAUUAGUCAAUAAUUAUUGAGAAAAAGAUGAGCGGGAAGGGGGCAGAUGAAAUUAAAUAUAGGAUUGCAAAUAAUAUACAAAAAUAAUGUAAAUAUUCAGAUAAUAUGUCUUUUAACAAUCUACAUUACACUAAUAUCCACCCAACCAAAAUGAAAUAAGUAUAAUUGUCAAAUAUAUUUAUUGAUAAUAAAUAUUUUUUACAUUAGAAAAAUAAUAAACGAUAAUCAAUCAAAAUAUCACUAACUUUCUAAUGUAGGAACCAUUCAUAUGAUUAUAAUUGUUAUUGAUUUUGACGAACAGACGAAUGAAAAACAAAGAAGUGUUUUAUUGAUUAUUCAAUUAUGUCGUAUAAUAUAUUUUCAUCUCUUUGAUUUUCCUGAUAUUAUCUAACUAUUUAUUCAUGUAUUCAUUCAUUCACUUAUCUAUUUUACCUUUAUUUAUGGAUAUAUAUAUAUAUAUAUAUUAAACAAGAUACUUAAAUGAUUCAAUAACGUUUAAUACAUUUAUGAAUUCAGUUACUUUUGUGAACUAAGAGACGUAAAUAAUAAAAAAAUGAAAGAUACUUUACAUGUGCAAAAAUUCUACCCAUUGAAAAGAAAAAUACAGCAUCUGUUUUAUUUUCUAAUUUCAGCAAAUGAUUUCUCUCAUUUUUGUACUUCUUAAACUAAACAAUUUGUGUUUCUACAAAUUUAUACAGGAGACAGAAAUAAUAAAAUGUGCACUGAAAUCUAGAAAGCAUUUCAUUUUAAAACAGAUAUGGUGGACAUGUUCUUAACUGCCUAAUCUAUUUGCCCCGUCAUUCCCUUCCAUACUUACAUUUCAUUUAUCAGUAUGGUUAUUUUAUUCAUUCAUGUUUGUUUGUUUGUUAAAGAUUUUCUGUUGCCUUUUUAUGCUUUAUUUUUUCUUAACAAAACACACAUACAUUAAACAUUGAAAUGAUAUUUUCUUUCUCUAUCAAAUAAAGUUUGAAAUUAAAAUUAAUUAAAUCCAUAAUCAGAAAUGUCGAAUAACUACAUCUGAAAACUAUUGAUCCUAAUAAAUAAUACUGAGAAGCUCGGUGAUAUGGAGCUUUUUAUUAUUUUAUUUUGAUCUUCACUAAUUAUCCCUAUAAAUUAUCUAUCGGCAAUAUGAAAAUUAAAGACUGAAAUGAUCGCUUAAAAGGUAUAUUCAUUAAAUUAUCUGAUCAAUUAAAGUUAUUAUAUUUCCAUCAAAGUUCUCAUCAACGUUUUCUCCAUCUUUCAACUGUCAUAGCGCCUACUGCCUUGUGUAUAUUUGUUAAUAUAUUCACGUGAUCGUUUCUUUCAAAAUGUUCAGAAAAUUGUUUUUCACAUACGUUGAUAGUCACAGCCUAAUAUAUAAUGGAUUAUAUAAUGGUGUCUCUUUUACAGUCAUGUUUUUUAAAGUAUAUAUAAAUGUAUAUGUAUGUAUAUGAUGUAAUCUAUCUACCAAUCAUCUUAUAGAUGACUUGCAUAUCGAUCCUCUUUAAAGGCUAAUUUAAAAUACCGAUCGAUAAUUAUGUGAAAACGUAAAUUGUAUGUAGUUAUCUUGCUAAAUGAACCGACAGAAUAUUCUGUACUUUAAGCAUAAAUAAUUAUCAAGAUAAUCUGUAUGGAUUCUAGACAACUGAUCGCUUUUUUCCGAUUCUCUGACCAAAAAAGAAAGAAAAAACAUUAUGAUGCUUGAAAAAUUUCUUUUUUUAUCCUUCAUGAUAAAAUACUGCUUUGUAUUUCAUUUUUAAAAUAACCGAAAUGUGUUUCCCUCCCUCCCUCUCUUUGCAUGAAUGUGCCUGUUUCUUAUAAUCAGAAAUAUUGUUAUUGUCAUUCAUUCUGUUCUAAUAAGAUUUGAUUGUUGGAUCGAUAUUUUCAUUGGUAAUCCAUACAUUGUGAAAAUGCAAGCAAAUAAAAAUGGAGGGAAACAAAUAUUAUUGAUGAUGACAACCAUUCAUUUGUAUUUGCAUGCAAUAAAAGAAUACUCAUCAAUAUAAUUCAUCGUUUAUUGUAUGAUGUUCAUCCGUUCCUCUUCAAGGCAAUAAACUUUAUUAAUUAAGUUAAAAAUUAAUAAAUUG